ACUCACCGAGGCCACUUGAUGGCGAUACAGGCUUUUAUUCUGUGAGCACAGCUGCUCUGGAGUAUCUUGAUCUAUUGAAUGUACACAGUCAACUAAUUAUACACAUAUACAUUAUUGCAAUUUAAUAUUUAACACAUACUCGGUGAUCAUUUGUAUAAAAAGGAGGAAGUAUUACUUUGAUUUUUCAGGGACUGACACACAAACCUGUUAGAAGUAUCCAAAUAAUCUAAUAUAUAUAUAUAUUUUGAAAUAUGAAUUAAAAACCUUUAGACAUUUAUACAACAUGAACAGCUGCAGAUGAAUUAUACUUAAAAUAAAAUACAAAAUAAAGGUUUUCUGCAGAUCAGACACUGAGACUUUUAUUGUGAAGAGGCGGAAGCUUCUUGUUAGCACGGUGACGCUGUUAGCAUGUAGCCUCCUUUACCCCGGAAGUGAACAGAAGUCAGUAUCAGCUGUUCGUGCAGGAGCCGUGUUUGUGUUCGUGUGAAGAGUAAGAUGUCCUCCCAGGUCCGGCUGCGGCUGCUGCCCGGCGCCAGGUGUCUGUUCGACGAGCCGCUCCAGGUGACGGUGGCCGGCCUGAGGUCCCAGCAGGUGGUCGCCCUGAGGGCCAGGGCCACGGACGAGAAGGGGGUGGUGUUCAGCUCCUCGGCCACCUACAGGGCGGACGGGAGCGGGGAGGUCGACCUGGGCAGGGACCCCUCGCUCGGCGGCAGCUACGUCGGGGUGGAGCCCAUGGGUCUGCUGCGGGCGAUGAGGGCGGACGCCGUGCAUAAAAGGUUUCAGAAAACAAAUUCGCUGAACCCCCACGUGGUGAAGUUCUCUGUGCAUGAGUUGGAGGUGGAGGGGGAGGGCAGGAUGCUGGCAGAAGUGGCCAAUGAGAGGCUUCUGAUGGCGGACGGCGUCAGCAGGCGUCCUGUCCAAGAGGGGAACAUUCGCGGAGUCCUGUUUACUCCACCUGGGGAAGGUCCGUUCCCCGCGGUGUUGGACCUGUACACGUUCGGCGGAGGUUUAUCAGAGAAGAGAACGUCUCUGCUGGCCAGCCGGGGCUUCGUGGUUCUGACUGUGGCGCUGUACGGACAUGACGACAUGCCGAGGAACAUUAAAGAGGUUCAUCUGGAUUAUUUUGAAGAAGCAAUUGAGGUUUUAAAAAAGCAAGAUAAGGUGGGCAGUGGAGGAGUUGGUGUAAUAUCCCUUUCCAAAAGUGGAGAUCUUGCUCUCUCCAUCGCCUCGUACCUGCCGCACGUUGACGCCACAGUGUGGAUCAACGGCUGCAGCGCCAACACAGCGUUACCCCUCUACUAUAAGAAAAAACUCAUCCUCCCUCCGUUGAUGGUUGACUUCAAGAAGGUCGUUGUCACCGAGUCGGGCGCCUGCAUCACCAAGGACGCCAUGCACAGCCCCUGGGCGGAGGAGAACAAGGCCACCAUCGUCCCCAUUGAACGGGCGAAGGGACGCUUCCUGUUUGUAGCUGCGGAGGACGACCUGAACUGGGACAGCAAGGCGUACCUGGACCAGAUGGUGGAGAGGCUGAAGCUUCACGGGAAGCAGAACUUUGAAAGUGUUAGUUACCCCGAAGCAGGGCACUACUUGGAGCCCCCUUAUGGGCCCUACUGCCCCUCCAGCUUUCACGGGCUUAUGGGUAAACCGGUGGUGUGGGGGGGCGAGCCCAGGGCCCACGCGGCCGCUGAGGUUCACCUGUGGAAGAAGAUCCAGGAGUUCUUCAGAACCCAGCUGAGCUGUGAUGGGAGCACACAGAAUAAAGCCAAGUUAUAGAUCGUGGAACAAACAUCAAGUGCCUGAUUGUGCUUUGAUAGUUGAUGCACUUACUUCCUGUUGUUUUAUCACCUCGUCGUUGGCCAGAGACAUUCUGUUUCCUGGUUGUCAUCCAUCCGCCCCACUCUUGUGAACACGAUAUCUCAAGAACGCCUCAAGAUCAUUUCUUCACCUUUGCCACAGAUGUUAAGUUGGACUCAAAGAUGAAUUUAGAUUUUGGUGGUGAGAGGUGAAGGCAGCUGUGACCUCAAAAAACACAUUUCUGCCUUGUGAUACCUCAGGAACAGCUCCAGAGAAUCCUUUAGAAUGUGGUUCAACUUUCACUUGGACUCACAGAUGAAUUUAGACCUCACAGGAUUCUGGGAUAAAAGACGUCUGUAGACUGAAACUGCAGCAGUUGGCGGACGCGUACGACCACAGGGCCAGAAAUCUAUUUGUUUGUCUUUAACAUUGUUAGAUAGUGCAAGAGAAAUAAUAAUUUGAAAAAUCAGGCAUAUUGAAGGCACUGAUAUUUAGGAGUGUGUAUAAUUUGGUGCAGCUUGACUGAAUUGUAGGUUCCUGUUGUGCCUUGACUGAUUGUGUUACCCUGUGUGUGUGUGUUACACUGAGUGUGUGUUACACUGAGUGUGAGCUACAGAACAAACCAGACUGACAUUCUUGUAUCAUCGAACAUAUUUGUGCAACAACGCCAUCUGCACUGAAUCGUUAAAUGCAAGCGUCUCAUUCGUCAGCGGAGAUGAGCAGCGACAGCUACAACUCACCGUGUGACUCCGGCAGAAGAUGUGAACGCUGAUAAAUCGUCUCUCUUCUACGCCCACGUGUGAACUUUUGAACCUUCACUUCUUUAACUCGCGUCUCUUUCAUCCUCAUCGCGUUGGUUAAUCGCAUCUUUUACCAAAGGAGAAGAUCAAAGGAGGCUUAGAGAAGCCCAGUGUUCUGGAUGUGCCUAAAAUUAUACACAUCUGCAUCGUGACGUCUGCAGCAGCAGAAACAAACAUACUAUCACCACACGGCUGUUUUCUGACUGAACUGCAGUCCACCUUUUGACAGGAAGUCCAUCAAGAUGCUGUGUUAAACUGUGAUUGUAGCUGCAGGCUCCUCGUGCACACUGCGCUGAAACGGCUGUAUUUCUAAUGAGGAAAAGGAAACAGGAAGUGGAAACAAAUAGAGCAAACAUCCUGACACUCGAACAUGUGUUUUAACGUGACGUGAAUAUAUUUGAGGGUUGAUAAACAUUUACUGCCACGUGGGUUCAAACGGGAGUUUCAGACUUUCAGUUUUCUAACACGCGUUGUGGUCGAGUCUGGUUUUUCUCUAAUCAUCCGUGUUUUUGUGUCACGGAGCAAAGAUUCAAAGAAGAAGUAUUGUGUCGUAGCGAGAGAAACUUGAAUCAAGUUUGUAUGAUUAUGUUAAAACAUUGAACAAAUUUAAAAUGGAUAUGUGGGUUUUCUUUUUCGUAUCCCAAACUUUUUGUAUCCUGAUCUCCUUCCUACAACUGGACUGAAGAAGAAGGAUGUCACUGAAUUUGGAUUUUGUUCCUCAAUAAAUGUUGAUAUUGUAUUUAAUAAAAGUCAUUUCUAGGUGAUAUGAAAUAAAACAUUGAUUUUACAAGA